UGGCAUUCCAGUGGCGCACACAACACAAGCAUUCGUCUCCGUCCUCCCACUCGAUCCUCCAUCCCUCCUCCUCGGUUUCCAGAUGGCUACCGCUGUCUCCACCGUUGGAGCUGUCAACAGAGUACCGUUAAGCUUGCAUGGCUCUGGCUCAGGAUAUCCGGUCCCUAGCUCGGCAUUCUUUGGGAGCAGCUUGAAGAAAGUGAGCUCUAACCUUAGCCAUGGGAGGCUCUCCACCGGUACUCUCAAGGUCAUGGCUGCCGAUCUCGAUGAGACGAAGCAGACCGACAAGGAUAGGUGGGCAGGGCUUGCAUAUGACACAUCCGAUGAUCAGCAGGAUAUCACCAGAGGGAAGGGGAUGGUCGAUUCCCUCUUCCAGGCUCCCAUGGGAGAUGGUACUCACAUCCCCGUUUUGAGCUCCUACGAGUACAUCAGCCAGGGUCUCCGCCAGUACAACAUGGACAAUACCAUGGAUGGGUUUUACAUUGCUCCUGCUUUCAUGGAUAAGCUUGUUGUUCACAUCGCCAAGAAUUUCAUGAAGCUGCCGAACAUUAAGGUUCCCCUCAUUUUGGGCAUUUGGGGAGGCAAAGGCCAAGGGAAAUCCUUCCAAUGUGAACUUGUAUUUGCUAAGAUGGGAAUCAACCCUAUCAUGAUGAGUGCCGGAGAAUUGGAAAGUGGAAAUGCAGGAGAGCCUGCGAAAUUGAUCAGGCAAAGAUAUCGUGAGGCAGCAGAUAUCAUCAGCAAGGGGAAAAUGUGCGUGCUCUUCAUCAACGAUCUGGAUGCUGGAGCCGGAAGGCUAGGUGGCACCACCCAAUACACCGUCAACAACCAGAUGGUGAACGCCACUCUGAUGAACAUCGCCGACAACCCCACCAACGUGCAGCUCCCGGGAAUGUACAACAAGCAAGAAAAUCCCCGUGUCCCCAUCAUCGUCACUGGAAAUGACUUCUCCACUCUGUACGCCCCUCUCAUUCGCGACGGCCGGAUGGAGAAGUUCUACUGGGCGCCCACCAGGGAGGAUCGAAUUGGUGUCUGCACGGGUAUAUUCAGGACGGACAAUGUUCCCAGGGAGCACAUUGUCAAACUUGUCGAUGCCUUCCCAGGCCAGUCUAUUGACUUUUUUGGUGCCCUCCGAGCCAGGGUCUACGAUGAUGAGGUGAGGAAGUGGAUUGCAGAGGUUGGAAUUGAAAAGGUUGGCAAGAGGCUCGUUAACUCACGUGAAGGUCCACCAACUUUUGAGCAACCUAAGAUGACCCUAGAGAAGCUCAUGGAGUAUGGUAACAUGCUGGUGAAGGAGCAGGAGAAUGUGAAGAGAGUGCAGUUGGCUGACAAGUACUUGAGCGACGCCGCGCUUGGAGAUGCCAAUGAAGAUGCUAUCAAGACUGGAUCUUUCUACGGCAAAGCAGCCCAGCAAGUGAACAUUCCUAUUCCAGAAGGCUGCACGGACCCAUCUGCUAAAAAUUUCGAUCCAACAGCUAGAAGCGACGAUGGAAGUUGCGUCUAUCCAUAAAACUGACAGAAUCCUCUGUUUCAUUGGAAAUCCUAGGAUGGAAUCAUCCAUCAAGCAAUGUAAGGAUUGGUGUUAUCUGAUACCGCACCAUUAUAGCUUGGCGUGUUCUUUCGACACUUUGUAAAAGGGUUCUGGUUCUGGUUAUUACUCUGUCUGUGACUAUCAGUAAUAAAUCAAUUUCUUUCUGUCUA